AUGGUGCCUGUGGACUCAUUUUCAGGGACAUAUUUACCUGUGCUCCUGGAUGUGUACUGGACUACUGGAUGUACUGAAAAUAACCUUGGAUUUCUACAGAAAAAGAAAACCAAAACCUGCAUAGAAGAUAUAACUGUUUAUAACUGCAGAAUGUAUUUGCCCUUUAUAACACUGUUAAAUUUUAGUAAAAUGAAAACUGAUAAAGAAUAUAAAAAGCAAGAAUACUAUCUGACAGCAUUUACAGUGGCUGACAACACAUACCCAGAAUUGAAGUUUCAGUUGAAAGAACUUCUAGAUAAAGGGGUGGUAGAGGAGGUUCCCAAUGGUUUACUCUCUGUAGGUUUCCACUCAAGAUUCUUUUUAGUAGACAAAAAGGAUGGAGAUGUGUGUGACUCCAACCCUUGUGAAAAUGGAGGCAUUUGUCUGUCAGGGUUGGGAGAUGACUUCUAUUCUUGUGAGUGUCCUGAUGGCUUCACAGACCCCAACUGUUCUAGUGUUGUGGAGGUUGAACUGGAUGAAGAAGAGCCAACACCAGCAGGACCAUGCAUUCCUAAUCCCUGUCAUAAUGGUGGGACAUGUGAAAUUAGUGAAGCAUACAGAGGAGACACCUUCAUAGGCUAUGUCUGCAAGUGCUCAGAAGGAUUUAAUGGGAUCCACUGCCAACAUAAUGUGAAUGAAUGUGAAGCUGAACCUUGCAAGAAUGGUGGAAUUUGUACAGAUCUUGUAGCUAAUUAUUCCUGUGAGUGCCCAGGUGAAUUUAUGGGAAGGAACUGCCAAUAUAAAUGCUCUGGGCCAUUAGGAAUUGAAGGAGGAAUCAUUUCAAACCAACAAAUUACUGCAUCAUCCACUCAUCGGGCUCUUUUUGGGCUCCAGAAAUGGUAUCCCUACUAUGCACGACUUAACAAAAAAGGUCUUGUAAAUGCUUGGACGGCUGCAGAAAAUGACAGAUGGCCAUGGAUUCAGAUAAACCUGCAAAAGAAGAUGAGAAUCACCGGAGUUAUAACUCAAGGAGCUAAGAGAAUUGGAAGUCCAGAAUAUAUAAAAUCAUACAAAAUUGCAUAUAGCAAUGACGGGAAAUUAUGGGCAACAUACAAAGUGAAAGGCACAAAUGAAGACAUGGUGUUUCAUGGAAAUGUGGAUAAUAAUACACCUUAUGCAAAUUCUUUCACCCCACCAAUAAAAUCUCAGUAUAUUCGACUGUAUCCACAAGUUUGUCGAAGGCAUUGUACUUUGCGAAUGGAGCUCCUUGGAUGUGAAUUAUCAGGUUGCUCUGAACCACUGGGGAUGAAAUCAGGACACAUACAGGAUUAUCAAAUUACUGCUUCUAGCAUCUUCAGAACACUCAACAUGGACAUGUUUACAUGGGAACCUAGAAAAGCUCGACUAGACAAACAAGGCAAAGUGAACGCCUGGACAUCAGGACAUAGUGACCAGUCACAGUGGCUACAGAUUGACCUCCUUGUUCCUACAAAAGUCACUGGCAUUAUUACCCAAGGAGCGAAAGAUUUUGGUCAUGUACAGUUCGUGGGCUCCUAUAAACUUGCCUAUAGCAAUGAUGGUGAGCAUUGGACCAUAUAUCAGGAUGAAAAGCAAAAAAAGGAUAAGGUAUUCCAAGGAAAUUUUGACAACGACACUCACAGAAAGAAUGUCAUUGACCCUCCAAUCUAUGCACAGCACAUAAGGAUCCUCCCUUGGUCAUGGUAUGGCAGGAUCACUUUACGGUCAGAGCUCUUGGGCUGCACAGAAGAGGACUGA